AUGAUUAUCAGCCUUACAGGAGAAAAAACACAAAAAAUUAAGGAAGCUUGUCAAAAGCUUCUACAAUCUCCUCAACCUACAAUACGGGAAGUGGCUAGAGUCAUUGGCAUGUUAACAGCUAGCUUCCCAGGAGUAAUGUUUGGGCCAUUACAUUAUAGGCACUUAGAUAUGGAUAAAACUGUGGCCUUGAAAAUAAGAAAAGGCAAUUAUAAUAAGACCAUGACUCUUUCAGAUGAGGCUAAGCACGAGCUGAGCUGGUGGGUAAGCUCAAUUGAAAGUGCAUACAAUGUGGUUAGUCACGGACAAGCUGACACAACCAUGACCACAGAUGCCUCAAAAACGGGUUGGGGUUGCUCCCUAUCUGGCACACCUACAGGUGGCUCAUGGGACUCUGGAGAAUCGGAGAAACACAUUAACUGGCUGGAAGUUAAAGCCAUAUUACUCAGUCUAAAAUCAUUUGUAGAUCAUAUUUGUCAGAAGCAUGUAAAAAUCCUAUCGGACAACACAACAGCAGUCUGCUGUAUAAAUCAUAUGGGGACUAGUCACUCCAAGGAGAAAAAUCUCUUAGUAAAAGAGAUAUGGGAUUUUUGCAUUACGAAUAACAAUUGGAUUACUGUAGCACAUAUCCCAGGAAAACAAAAUGUCAUUGCAGAUUUUGAAUCGAGGAGGGGGUACCAAUGACACUGAGUGGGCCCUAGACCGAGCAGUGUAUGAUCAAGCAAUCCAAUUACUGGAUGUGACACCCAGUAUUGAUCUGUUUGCCUCAAGGCUAAACUAUAAAUUCAAGCCUUUAUGUUGCAUUCAGACCUGACCCUGAGGCUCAAGCCAUAAAUGCCUUUCAUAUCUCUUGGGUAAACAUGUGUUUUUAUGCAUUCCCACCUUUUUGCAUUAUCAACCAAAUAUUACAAAAAAUAUCAGAAGAGAAGGCAACAGGCAUAAUAGUAAUUCCACACUGGCCGACCCAGUCCUGGUGGCCAUAUCUAACCAAUAUGUUAAUAAAUUGUCCCCUUAUGUUGCCUAGCACACAACAACACUGAUGUUACCAUCCCAUCCUCAGAAGAUACAUCCUCUACAAAAGAAGUUGCGAUUACUGAUGUGCCACUUAUCGGGGGAUUACUUGAAAGUCAAGGAAUUUCAAAAGAAGCUGCUUCAAUCAUCGUACAAGCAUGGAGACCGGGGACUCAAAAACAGUACAAAUACUAUUUACAAAAGUGGGAACAGCACUGUUGUGAACGAAGUAUCAAUCCCAUUUCUCCAAAUGUAGGGACUGCAAUUGAUUUUCUACAUGAAUUUUACAAGGAAGGAUUAUCCUAUAGCACAUUAAACACGGUACGCUCAGCUCUAUCCAGCGUUGUCCAACCAAUAGACAAUUUCACAUUUGGAAACCAUCCACUGGUAACCAGAUAUAUACAAGGAGUAUUUGUAAAUAGACCAGCACUACCACGUUAUAAACAGAUCUGGGAUGUGUCUGUGGUUAUAAAAUAUCUCAAAUCUUUGGGUGAAAAUACACAACUCUCUCUACAAGAUCUGACUAUGAAGACAACCAUGCUGCUUGCCCUUGUUACUGGACAGCGUUGCCAGACCAUACAGGUCUUGAACAUUAAACAGAUGGUUAAUAGUGAUGACAUGUGGUCCUUUCAUAUAAACAACUACUUUUGAGUUUAUACCAGAAACCACAUAAACCAGUUUCAUCAUAAACCAAUUGAAAGUAAUCAAAAAGAAAAUUUGGUCAUAGACUCUUAAAAAUUGUUAACCUUGAUUAAGCAUGUAUCGUGUUGAUAUUGUGUUAUUAAAGCAAAGUUACAGUGCUCAUGGUCAUUACUUUAAAGUCUCACACGUGACUCCGUAGCGAACUAACCAAUGACGAAGUAGAAUUAGAAAAUUAAACGAGACUUACCUGUAAGGUGAAGUUUGAUUGAGAUUCUACGAGUUAUUGGUUAGGAGCGAAGGAGUCACGGACCCACCCUACGGUUUUACCCAGCCCUACGGCUUUACAGCGGGUACUAAAUAUCAAUGACCAUUCGCACUCUCUUUAAAGACUGCCGCUCGAUCCUUCCCGCGCUAUCUCACACGUGACUCCUUCGCUCCUAACCAAUAACUCGUAGAAUCUCAAUCAAACUUCACCUUACAGGUAAGUCUCGUUUAAUUUUCUAAUUCUAUUCCUUUGAUCCCGACCAUAGACCACGUGACCCGCACAAGCCAGCUGACGAUGUAUAUCGUACAGUAGCUGCUGGCCUUACUACUUUUACGUCAACAUCUCCACGUGCUGUUUGGUUUCCAAGGAAACGUGCUGUCGCCAUCGCCAACAACAAGUUGUUCGUUGAGAACGAGACUGGAGAACUGGUGACGACUCAUUUGAAUUCUGAUGAAGAAAUUUUGAAAGCCUUUCAUGAUCAUUUUCCACAAUUUAAACAGGACACUGUACGACGUGCUUUGGCAGAAUGGAAUCGCGUAUCUCGGUGA